AUGAUUGUACUUCUAAUUGUGGCCAUGUUAACAUUACUUAAACCAACUGUUUAUGCUGUAAGUAAAAUUUUAUCGUUGUUUUAAUUUGUACAACAUCAACUAAACAAUGUUUUAGUUAGACACUCCAUGCGCUGACCAAGCUCAGCAAUGUGCAUUAAUAGUCGAAGAACAAGAAAGACAAAUUCAAGACGUUAAGAACUUAGCAUUUAAAAGCUGUUUUGGUCGAAAUGCGUAUGUUUUUAAGUUUAAACUUAUUGUUAGUAUAAAUGGUUAUUUUGAAAAAAAAUGUUUUUCUAAAUUGUUAAGGUUGUGUACUAUAACCAAUACGAUAAACCAAACAUUAACCUUUAUUAACUUAAUAAAAUUUUAGUUGUGUCCAAGAAAAAGUUGUUUUUGAUGACUGUUUUACAAAAAGUCUUCGCUCCGUGCGUGCGCCUUUUCUAGGCAAUGAUCACAGUAAGUGAGUUUAGUAGUAUCAAUAUUAAUUCUUAUGUGUACCGUCUUGUAAAGUUUAUUUGUUUUAGUAGAGCGGCCCAACGAGUUUACGGAAGCUUCAAAAAAUUAUAAAAAUCAAUUAGAGAAGUGUUUCCAACAAAACGUCCAACCUGCAAAACCAGACUUUACCUCGUUGUUGGUUGAUGGUACUUUUUUAAUUUUCUUUACUUCAAAAAAUAAAAAAAUGUUAAAAAAACGUUAUUUUUUAAAAAUUACUUUUACUUUGUUAAUUUUUCAACUAAAUAGUUUUAUUUCUUUCUAAACUUUUUAGUUUUUUACUUAUCAAUUUUAACAUUUUACUAAAAUUUUAAAAAUAUUUUUAUAUUACAGAAGAUGCUAUCUACGCCCGAGCAAUUUAUGGCUACGAAUUUGCAGACCGAUUGUGGGAUUUACCAGAAAGCGGCAUUGAAAAACCAGGAUUAGAUCCUCAGGAUUCUUGCUUGGUUAAAGGCCCAAACAGAAGGAGUUUUGGAAGCGGCAUUCCACGUAUUCGAUAUGAUGCUGGGCGAGUGUUUUAAUCGUCCUAAAAUAAAUACUAUAAAAAAUAGUAUUCAACUGUUUUAAAACUUUUAAAAGCUAACAGUCUAUAAUGACAGUUUAAGAAUAUUUAUUAUACAUAUAAUACAACUAAUUGUAUUUUUAGUUUAAACAACAAAACAUGUCAACUAGAACCACAGGAAGUGUCAUGCUAUAGGAAUUUUUUGGAUCACGACGGCCAAUUUAAAAUCAUGCUCAGGAACAGAGAUAGAGCGUUGAGAGAGUGUAUACAAGGUAAAUACGACUUUUUGCGCAAUGAACUUUUUUUCGAGUCAAACGUGAGCGGGUCCAUUGGAUAAAUAUUUCUUUUAUCCGAAUACGACACGCUAACUUUUUGCCCCAAAAAAGUUCAGUGCCUUGAUUUUUCCUUAAAACAUGACAAUUCAGAGCAUUUAUGGUCUGUGGUCCUUUAAGAACUGAAAACCUUAGUCUGAAAAGACAAAGUUAUCUUUUGUUAUUAUACCGUUAACAUUGUUACGUAACUUAUGCGAAUUUCAAAAAGACAUUUUUUAUAGGCGUUCGUGCUCAAAGGCGUUGUCGUAUGACCCACAGUUCCACUAUUCGAUCAUGUUUAUGUAGUGCUAGAGAAGAACUUGAAAUAAAAACAGAAACAUCACUGAUAGAAUGUACUCGUAAUUCACCGUUAGCUCAACUAUACUCCAGUAUAGUAAAUUUAGACAAACCUGAUGCUGACGAUCGUCUACGGACGUUUGCAGCUGCUCCGCAACGCAAGAAUAAAGAUGGUUUGACACCUUUGAAAGAGUUACAAGAUGAUGAUGCGAGUUCAAGCAGCAGCGGUAGUGCUUCAAUGAGUAUUACACCUGGUAUAUGAGGUUUUACAAAAAAAAAUUAAAAAAAGUAUUUUUAAAGAUCUAACGAAUAAAAAAUAAAACAAGGUAAAUAUUUCCAAAUUUAAAAUAAAAUAUUUUAAGGUGUUGUUUUAAACGGUCAAUGUCUCUGUGCCUGUCCGGGACCUUCGCCACCUCAACUUUUUGCCGGAAAACCUACUCCUCAAGCUCAGUUUUCAACUGACUCAUCGAUGGUAUUCCCAUCUAUUCCACAAGCCUCGUCAUCACAUACUCAACAUCCCGAUUCAAUACUAGCUGCACAAUUACAACAUCAACGCUUAGUGCAACAAUACCAGGCUCUGGCUGAACAACACAGACAAUUGUACGGAAACACAGCGUAUCAACAACCUUCAAUGACACAAACAGGCUCUGGUAGCCCUAUGGGUACAGUUAGGUCGAUUGAGAGCGGAAUUGGCGAUGGAUUUGAGCGAUUUUUUAAUGGCAUGCCGCCAAUACGGAGAAGAGAUGUUAGUCGACGUAUUCCAAAGUUUUAA